AUGUUCAGGAACAACUACGACAACGACUCGGUCACAUUCUCCCCUCAAGGACGAAUUUUCCAGGUCGAAUAUGCGGCGGAAGCAGUAAAGCAGGGUUCGGUGGUGGUGGGAAUUGCUAGCAAGACACACGCCGUCCUGGUAGCGAUCAAGCGCAACGCCGAAGAACUCUCCUCGUACCAAAAGAAGCUCUUUCCCAUCGACGAACAUGUCGGCAUCGCCAUCGCCGGUCUCACCUCUGACGCGCGCGUCCUCUCCAACUUUAUGAAGCAGCAGUGCCUCGGCCACCGCCUCACGUACGGUCGUAACAUGCCCGUCCGGACUCUCGUCGACAUGAUUGGAUCCAAGGCGCAGAUCAACACGCAACACUACGGCAAGCGCCCCUACGGUGUCGGUCUUUUGGUCGCCGGGGUUGACGACCACGGCCCGCACUUGUUCGAGUUCCAGCCCAGCGGCAUGACCGAGGAGAUGGUUGCCUUCGCCAUUGGCGCCCGCAGCCAGAUGGCGCGCACAUAUCUGGAGAAGAACCUGGACGCCUUUGCCGACUGCGGCCGCGAGGAGCUGAUCCGUCACGGUCUCAAGGCGCUCAAGGAGAGCUUGGUGCAGGACCGCGAGUUGACGAUCGACAAUACCAGUGUUGCCAUUGUGGGCGUCGAGAAGCAGGAGGACGGCACGACCAAGCCGCAGCCGUUCAAGGUGUACGAUGGACAAGACGUUAGCGCGUGGAUAGAGAGUGUGGCGGAUAACGCAGAGGCUGCCCCGGCAGCUGCCGAGGGCGAGGGCAUGGACGUUGAUAGUUAG